CCACCAUAACUCUAAUAUUUUCAAGCUCUUUUAUCUUCCUCUCCUUAAACUCUCUCUCUCUCUCUAUAGCUCUUUCUUUUGGUUUUCAUUUUAUAGACGAAAGGUCUAGUUCUGAGAGCCUGAGAGUACUGCACCAAUGGCUUGCUUAAAUGUCUGCAGCAACAAGGGUGCCGUGGAUGGGAAGAUCAAACAGGGGCAAGAGACUUGUACACUUGAUGGAACUGUAGAUUGGCAUGGCCGCCCUGCAAUUAGAGAGAGAUCUGGAACUUGGGUUGCCGGAAUUUUGAUCCUAGUGAAUCAAGGGCUGGCUACAUUGGCAUUCUUCGGAGUAGGAGUGAACUUGGUUUUGUUUUUGACAAGAGUGUUGGGUCAAGACAAUGCUGAUGCAGCUAACAAUGUUAGCAAAUGGACAGGAACGGUCUACCUUUUCUCUCUACUUGGUGCCUUCCUUAGUGAGUCCUACUGGGGGAGGUACAAGACUUGUGCCAUCUUUCAAGCCAUCUUUGUCAUUGGCCUGAUAUCAUUAUCGCUAUCAUCAUACAUAUUCUUACUCAAGCCUAAAGGCUGUGGUAGUGACCAAUCUCAUUGUGGAUCCCAUUCAUCCUUCGAGAUAGCACUGUUCUACUUUUCCACUUACCUGAUUGCCCUAGGGAAUGGAGGGUACCAACCAAAUAUAGCUACAUUUGGGGCAGACCAGUUUGAUGAAGAGGAUCCUAAGGAGGGGCACUCAAAAAUAGCCUUCUUUAGCUACUUUUAUCUGGCUUUAAACCUUGGGUCUCUCUUUUCAAACACUAUUUUGGGCUAUUUUGAGAAUGAAGGUAUGUGGGCUAUAGGAUUUUGGGCUUCAGCUGGCUCUGCCGCUCUAGCAUUGGUCUUGUUUCUUUGUGGAACCCCAAGGUAUAGGCAUUUUGAACCUAAAGGCAACCCUCUCUCUCGGUUUAGCCAAGUGUUGGUGGCUGCAACAAGAAAAUGGAAAGUUGAGAUGAUGCCAAGUGGAGAAGAUCUGUUUGAGUUAGACGAAAAGGAAAUUUCUAAUAAUGGGGACAGAAAGAUGAUCCAUACUCAAGGAUUCAAAUUCUUCGAUAGAGCUGCCGUUAUCAACUCAAAGGAAUUCAACCAGAUUGACAAGGAUGCUCGUGAUCCAUGGCACCUUUGCACAGUGACACAAGUUGAAGAAGUGAAAUGCAUUUUAAGACUUCUUCCAAUUUGGCUUUGUACAAUAAUGUAUUCAGUAGUAUUCACUCAGAUGGCAUCUCUCUUUGUGGAACAAGGUGCUGCCAUGAAAACCACCAUUUCAACCUUCCACAUUCCUCCAGCAAGCAUGACUUGCUUCGACAUUCUCAGCGUAGCGGCUUUCAUUUUCAUUUACAGGCGGGUUCUUGACCCUCUUUUUGUCAUUACCACAAAAAAAGCUGAAGGACUCACAGAGCUUCAGAGAAUGGGAAUUGGUCUUGUUAUAGCAAUAUUGGCAAUGAUGGCAGCUGGGGUUGUAGAGUAUUUCAGAUUAAAAUAUGCAACAACAGAAUGUGCCCAAUGUGAAGGGUCUAGUUCCUUGAGCAUCUUUUGGCAAAUUCCACAGUAUGUACUUAUAGGAGCAUCUGAGGUUUUCAUGUAUGUUGGUCAACUAGAAUUCUUCAAUAACCAAGCUCCUGAUGGAUUAAAGAGCUUCGGAAGUGCACUUUACACGACAUCAAUGUCACUAGGAAACUAUGUGAGUAGUUUGCUAGUGACAAUUGUGAUGAGAAUUUCUACUAGAGGUGAAAUGGCUGGUUGGAUCCCUAGUAACCUUAACAAAGGUCAUCUAGACCGGUUCUACUUCCUCCUAGCAGCUUUGACAUUGGCGGAUCUAAUAGUCUACAUUGCAUGUGCCAAGUCGUAUAAGUAUAUCAAGUUUGAAGGAAAGAGUGGAAUCAAAGAAGGCAAUGAGCUUGAGCUUAAAGUAUAAGCUGUGGUAGAAUAUUAGUUUGGCCAUAUUUUGAUGAAGGCUACGUGUGAUAAAUAAAGUAAGAAGCAUUACUGUAGAAGAGAGUGAUUUUUGCCAUGAUACUCUGAGAAAUGCUUACCCUCUUCAUUUCUCUAAGUUGAGCAUAUAUAUAUAGGGUGUUUUAGGAUGGAGAUGUACUGAUGUAAUCAUCAUUUGUAACGAAAGCUUUAUUGUAACUUACUUUAUAUAUGCGUAGGGAGUAUUACACUAUUA